ACUUGAACGGCCUUAAAUUAUUCACACACCAAAAGAAAAGAAAGAGAGAGUUUUCUUAGCAAAAAAAAUUUAUCUGUGAGAAUGGCCGCCUUUGGAGAAAAGAUCCCCUCCUUCCCAAAAGAAUAUAUUAAAUAUCUCGCUGAAUUUGCUGUUUAUGAAUACAACAAAAAACAGAAUGCACAAGUUUUGAAAUUUGUGAAGCUCAUCACGUGGAAUAGGGAAGAUAUGCUUGAAGGGUUCAUGUUCACUAUAACCCUCGAGGCGUUCAACAGUGGGAUCAACAAGAAUAAAGAGUGUGAAGUUAAGGUGUGGGUCCCGCAAGAAUUGCUGGAUUUCAAGAUUGAAGGCAAUGCCUAAAUAAACCUUGUGAUUGGACUCGUAUUGCAGCAGUUAAUUCGUAAAAUAAAUAAAGCAGCAUUGCUAUGUUAAAUGUUCGAAUAAAGUACAAGUGUACGGUACUGUGUCAAGCAAUAAUAUGGAUACGAGUCCGAGUAUUGUUACCUGAGAACUUAAUGCUAUGAACUAUCAAUUUACUUAA